CAUGCCGUCGCCACUAGCAGCGCCGCCGGGCCCUCUCCUACCACCUUCGAUGCCCAUGCCGAUACCUGUUUCUCACCAGCACGGCUUCACGGCUUCCAACAUCGCAUUCUCUCAGUACACGGCUUCGCUGCAUCAGCAGCAGCAACAGCAGGCCCAGCUGCAGCAGGGGUCACCACAGGCACUGCACCAGGACGAGCAGGGUAGCAACCACCACAACCGCAUUGUGGAGCAGCGCAUCAAGCAGAUGCUCCACAUCGAUGGUGGCCCUGCCCCUCCUGCUGCUCCUGCCGUCCCGGCUGCAGCUGCCGCCCCCAGCCCCUCAUCCCACGAGGCAAUGAGUGCUAUCCCCUCGCCACGCUCGCCACGCUCAUCGGAUGUGCACCCUUACCCACCAGCACCAGUGCCCUUGCCGAUGCCCAUUGCGAUGCCGCUGCCGCUGCCAGCACCGUCGUCAUACCAGCAGCACCCGCUGCUGCACCAUGUGGACGAUGUGAGCGUCAGCAUGUCGGGACCGAUCGGCUCGCAUCACUCAGGUGUGGGGUUGAGCUCGAGCCCCUCACUCGACAGCAGGGGGGAGGGCGACAGCACACACCUGGGUGGAGGAGCUAGUGGCGAGCCAAUGCCCUGGGCGAGCCCAGCAGGUGAGAAUGAAUAAUGUAUUUUGAUCCACAUGAGCUCAGCUGCAGUAUCUGCCAUGAGCACCCGCCGUCUGUGUGUGUGUUGGUGUCUUUUCAUCAGGUGUCCCCCUUCCGUCAGCCCUUCACUUCGGCGGCUCUCCCCACCCGAUGCUCGUCGGGCGACCCAAUGGCGUCGUCCCUCCCCCGCCCCCUGCUCACAUGCAGCCCCGGCCCCGACCAACACCCCUCCCCAUCCGCCCUCUGCAAAGCUACGCCGGCUCCUCUCUCCACCACCACCACCACCAGGACACAAGAGUGCCCAUCCACCAGACCAGGAUAGCAGCUCCGGCCAGCAGCGCCAAUCUGGUGUCGUCUGAUGGAGGCGUGGGCCAGCAGAUGUCACCGACUUCAGAGUCGAGUGGCCCUCCAUCGUCUGUGGUGGACAACCAGCCGGGCGGGGCGCCGCCGCCCAACGGUGUGUGGCAGCAGGUGCCCAGUGGCCCCACGAGCGACUUCGAGAACCUGCCAAAGGCCAUUAGGAGCCACGAGCUGCCCGUCACUAACCAAUACCAAGCGGUGAGUGAGUCAGGGAGGUAGCGGGAUGGACUGAACGCAUUCGCGAAUGUGUGUGUGGUCCUUCCUAAUUUGUAUGCGAAGGCUGGUGAGGCCUCGCCGGGUCUAUCUGAGUGGGACACGUGUGUGGAGGUGCGGUGUGUGGCGGCGUCGGUGGAUGUCCAGACCAUCCGGGACAUCGCGAGAGAGUCGGGCGCCGCCCAGUGGUACGCCGACGUCGAUGCGGCCCGCAGUUGGGACCGCCGCUGCCACGUCAUGACACUCUACUUCCUCUUCAGCACGGUACAACCACCCAAAGACACCCACACACCCACACACACGGAUGUUUUCUUGUCUAUGUGCAGGCUGAGGAUGCGUCGGUGGCCGCGAAUCGUUUCCCGCGCGACGCCCGCCUCCACAUGCCGCACCCACCACCGCCGCCACUCAAGCACUGGACAAUCAAGGUACGCUCUCGCAAUCGCGCACAGCCUAACGACGGCAGGGGAAGUGUGUGUGGUGUUGACGGAUGCACAGGUGAGCCAAGGCAGGUUGACCAACAUCCAGGGACCGCCGCUGCCGUCAGGGCUGUUCAACUAGCCAGACAGACAGACAGACAUCCAUCGUGGGUUUGCAAAGGAAUGCAGCGGUGGUUGGUGUCCACAUCUGCAUGAGAUGAGCUGAGCUGAGAUGGAAGCGAAGCAAGGAAGAGUGAGUGCAUUGAUUCAUUCCUUCGUUGAUGGUGACACACACGCGAUGGGUAGGUAGAACGGGGGGAUGCAUGCAUGGAUGGAGACGUAUACACACAUACCUAUGCAGACAAGGAUUGCGUAGCGACGGACUCUCACUCCCGGGCGGCGGCUGUUUUUGCGUGUGUGGACGACAGACAGGGGAAAGACCACAGGGUGUCGGUGUCGUGUUCAAUGCACGGUCAUGUCGCAG